UCCUCUGUGACCUCGUGGUGAAAAUGGUGAAAAGUUGGUGGCUUUUCUGGUUUAGAAGCAGUACCAGUAGGCGACGAGAUGGGAUUACGAAUUUCGCUUGUGCCAAUGGCCGACGGAGUGUAAUUAUUUGGUGGAGUGUAUACCAGCCACACAUUCGAUCGAUUGCUAGUAUGUGUGUGUGUGUGUGCGUGUGCAUGCCUGCCUCGUUGUAUGUGUGCGCGUGCUUGUGUGGUGAUCGAAACGCGAGUGACACAAUGCGCUUACCAUCCAACCAUCCAUCCAAACUCCUCGCGCGCACCACCUCGCGCUUUUGUCCCAGAUAACAAGUGAAAGCCUACAUCAUUCGCCCUCCCCCUCCCGUGGGCUGGCUGUGGGUUCCAAAUUUACGCCAGUGGUGGCGGACACACCAGCGAGACAACCUCCCGAAAACAACGGCGAUCGGAAAUGCGGCGGGGACACACAUUAAACGGACGCGCAAUCUGUCGCGGUGUAGUUGGUUGGUUGGUGGAUUUCAAUUUUAAUUUAGAACACACCUCUGCCACCAUCCGCGACCGGCCAGCCGCCAGCGAACGACCCACAAGGCAUCUUCACGGGUUUUCCCUUGUCCACCGCUUGUUCGUUUGCAAGCGUUCGUGGGUGCGUGCUUGCGUGCAGGAGAUAUGCGAUCGGAAGAUCAGAAAUUAGUCGCCAAAAAAGCGCGUUAAAGAUGGCCGCGAAUAGCAGGAGCAGACAGAGCGCUCGUUCUUUCCCUUAUUUUCCCUAUCAAAACAAAUGGGACUACUCUGCACAGUGAAUGUGGUGUGGUGUGGGCAUCAUCGAUUUUUUCUUUCCGAACCGAUGGACCUUCAUCGCCACUCUCCUUCGUUCUCUCUCUCUCUCUCUCUCUCUCUCUCUCUCUCUUGCACUGUCCGCUCCGUGGAGGUAGUAGCCAGCGCGGGCUGAUGAGGUCGAAGCAGGCAUUGGAAAAUUCAUCCCUUCAUUUUUUCCUCGGUUGGCUGUGCCAUGACCGUGACGUGUGCCGUACCGUGCGCUCGCUGCUGGUAUGUAACGACCGGACGGACGGACGGACGGACGGACGGUUUGGCUCGUGAUUUUGCGUGACAUCGUCGAAGCAAAAUUAUGUAAUAGCAUUUUCCCGUACUCUCUCUCUCUGACUCUUGCUCUCUGUCUCUCACACACUCUGAGUCCCCACACACACACUGACAAGCACACAUACGGUUAGUGAACGCCACGCGGGCGGCAGGACUCCCUUUCGCCGGAUUUUCCGACUAUUCCUCUGCCCCUGUUGGGGUGUUUUUCGCGAGAGCGUCACACCGGAGAGCGGCGAGAGCUAGCAAGAUCGCUCUCUGUUUCUGAGAUCUGAAUAGGUGAACCCAAAAGAACAACUCAGGAAAAGCCAACGCGCUCUCGUGGAAAUGGUUAGGGAAUUUUCCUGGAACUAAACAGAGAGAGAGAAAGAGAGAGAGAGAGAGAGAGAGAGAGAAAGAGAAGGAGGAAGAGAGAAAGAGAACGAGCCAGUAUAGUAGGAUGUACAUUCCGGCACACACAUUUUCCUCGUAAUGGGGCGAUUGGCAGGCCGGAAGGUGGAAUUCGCUCAGUGGGAUCCGCAGUUUGGCUCACACAUCGUUGCCGGAACCACCACCAGCCGCAGCAGCAGCAGCAGCAGAGUGGCCGUGUCGUGUUGGUGGGUGCUAUGGAGUAGUGCUUUCCAUUUGGGAGGACCAGGUGGCCCAACAUUCGAGGGAACCGAACCAUAAUCAUCAUCCACAUUACACAACCCUCUGGUGAGGCAGGAGCAGCAGGACCUUUUUGUAGUAGGCACUGUGUGUGCGUGUAUCUCGUCCCUCUAGGCUUGGCCUGCUUUUCGAUCUGGUUGCGAAAGCAGCAAGGGCUCCGGCGUGUGUACGUGUGUGUGUUUGUGCUCCCGGAGUGGCAGUCGCUACACUAGUAGUACCGCUACUCCUGCUCGGUUGAUUCCGUGCCGUGGUCAAUCCGUUUUCAUCUUCGAUCUCUCUUUAUAACCUCCUCUGUUCUGCUCUGCUCUGGUCUGCUCGGUGUUCCGCUUUUCUUUGCCCCUCGAAACAAACCGCAGCAGUGAUUCGAAGGCGCUCGGUGUGGUGAUUGUGUGUGUGUGUAUGAGUGUGUGUGUUCGUGUGGGUUGUAGGUGGUGUGUAACGUGAGCGUGUGGGUGGGUGUGUGUUUUCUAUCCUGGAAAGAAGGACGACACGAUACCUGGUGCCUGGGUUGGUGCUGAGGGGCAGCGGCGCACACCGAUCGUGGGGUCCACGUCCGUGCGUGCGUGCGUGAGAGUUCUACUACUCCGUGAGGCCGCAGUCGUUGAGAGCAAUAGAGCAGCAGGCGGCACUGUAAGGUGCGUGUUGAAGUGAAUAUUCUUGUAUGUGUGUCGAUUGCGUUUGAAUGCGUGUGUGCCACUAUGUGAGCAGUGUGCACCGAAAAGCACCAGGAAGAGUUAUAAGCCACAUACGUGAAGGCACGAGGG